AUUUUUAUUAUCUCUUUCCCAGUUUGAAUUCUCCUCUCGGUUCAAUCUCAAUUCCCAUCUCUUUCUUUGAACCCAAAUGCCAGUUUGUCUUUUUGAAUCAGUUCAAACCCAGAACAUACGAAUUUUAGUCUAUUUCAAUAGGCUGAUUAUUAGUUUUAAUUGUAAUUUGUAGCCAUACAUGCAGCAGCGAGGAAUCAAAGAGGUAAUUCUUUUAACCGUGAAGAUCAGCUCCGGUCUCAGUUAUGGACGAGAUAAUGACGGGUGCCAGCGGCGAGGUUUCGCUAGAUAUUGAAUUGUUCGGGAAGUACGAGGUGGGGAGGUUGAUUGGAGUUGGAGCAUUCGCGAAAGUUUAUCACGGCCGGAAUGUGCGAACGGGGCAAAGUGUGGCUAUUAAAGCCGUCAGUAAACAGAAGGUCGUUAAAGGAGGGUUAACGGCGCACAUUAAGAGGGAGAUCUCUAUCAUGCGCCGGUUGCGCAACACUCACAUCGUGAAAUUGAUUGAAGUCCUGGCGACCAAAGCCAAGAUCUAUUUCGUGAUGGAGUUUGCCAAGGGUGGAGAGCUCUUCACUAAGAUUUCUAAAGGAAGGUUUAGCGAAGAGCUCAGCCGUCGAUAUUUUCAGCAGCUAAUCUCAGCCGUUGGUUACUGUCAUUCACGAGGAGUGUUUCACCGGGAUUUGAAACCUGAGAAUCUCCUGCUCGACGAAAACUGGGAUUUAAAGGUUUCGGAUUUCGGACUCAGCGCCUUGAAGGAUCAGAUCCGACCCGACGGUUUACUACACACGUUGUGUGGCACUCCUGCUUACGUGGCUCCGGAGAUUUUAGCGAAGAAAGGUUACGAUGGUGCGAAGGUGGAUAUCUGGUCAUGCGGCAUCAUAUUAUUCGUUCUCAACGCUGGUUAUUUACCGUUCAAUGACUCUAAUCUAAUGGCCAUGUAUCGAAAGAUUUAUAAAGGCGAGUUUCGGUGCCCUAGAUGGACGUCUCCUGAUCUAAAACGUGUCUUAUACCGGCUUCUUGAUACAAAUCCGGACACAAGAAUCACAAUUGACGAAAUUGUCCAAGACCCUUGGUUCAAACAAGGUUACAAGGAGGGAAAGUCUCCGGAUUUUGAUGUUAAAGACUUGGGGAAUAAUCAGAACGAGAAAUGUUUAAAUGCUUUUGACAUUAUCUCGUUCUCCUCCGGUUUCAACCUGAGCGGUUUGUUCUCUGACUAUACCGAUAUUUCGGCUAGUGACGAGAGAUUUUUAUCGGCGGAAAAACCCGAUAAAAUUAUAGAGAGAGUUGACGAGGUGGCUAAGAGGGAGGAUGAUAAAAUGGUGAGCAUAAAGAAAAAAUGGGGGGCAAAGUUUGUGGGACAGAAUGGUAAUUUUGUUUUGCUUAUAGAGAUUUACCGGUUAACGGAUAACUUAGUGGUGGUGGAGACCAAAAAGAAGGAGAGGGAAGUUGGACCCAGCCAUGAAGUUUGGAGAGAUAAGCUGAGACCGGAGCUGUUAGGCAUGAUUUAUCAACCGGAAGAUACGGUUUCCGGUGCCUAG